UACAUAAACCUAAUCAUGCGCAGAAGUUUUAUCUUUAUCAGUAUAAGUACAUGUUAUGGUUGUUCCAGAAUUGCAAACGGAUUUACGCUGAGAAGAUGUAAAAAUCCGUGCCUGUCAAGAACGUGAAAGUAUUCAGCUGCCGAAUUCCAUUGGAGACCCAGAGUGUCAUUGCAUUCGAAACAAUGGACUGCCAUCAUCGCAUUGAAGUUCCCUUGCGGGCUGGGGGCAAGAAAAUGAAAAAACGAAGGGAGCUGGACGCCCUGAUAGCUCAAUCCUCUUCCAAAAGAGGCACCAGACGAACUGGCGCCGGAGGAGCCACACAUUCCCAGGACAAGUUGCUGUCGGUGUCCACGGAUGACCCUGAGGAUUACGCAUGGACGAAUGUCGCUGGAUCCAGUCGUCGGAGUCACAGGAAAAUAGCCUAUUUCCGCAUGUGCGGACCCGUCCUAUUGGGCGUCAUAGGCAUUCUAACAGUGACCAUCUUAUAUUGGCUCUACUUCGAUCUGCGCCAGCAACUUUCCGAUUAUCGUCAGAAAAUCGAAGAGGUAUCGGCCAUGAGCAAAAACUUUCCGGACACCCUCCAAAAAUGGCAUGAGACUUCGUCAUUCCUUUUGAAAAAUCAAACUGCAGUUAUUUCGGAAAUCAACGACCUCCAGAAAACCGUGGAGAGCUUGCGAAAUAACUUCAGCAGUCUCGAGGCCGUGGUGGCGGCCCAAAGAAACCACGGCAAGGACGAGAAACUGGUGGCAGACUUUGGUGCCAAGAUUGAAGCUGUUGCCACCGACAUAGAAGCAAUUAAGGAGCACUACAACAAGUACAUCGAAGUCCAGAAGGCACUUCAGGCCGAAACGGAAGCCCUGAAGGUCAAUCUAUCGCAAUUACCAACGCUACAAGCAAACGCUUUACCUGCUAACUUAUCGGAAGAUAUUGCCGCGCUUAACAAAACCACCAUUGAGUCUUUUAAAAUAUUAAGAAACGAUCUUAAAGACGUUAACAAUACUUUAAGUCAAACAACGAAAAUUCUUGGUGAAGAACUAUCCCUCCAUAAAACUAAAAUAGACGACUUGCUGGAUCGCUCAGAGAACAUAACAUCCCAUGUGGCAACUAUAAGUAACAGUUGGCCGGAAUACAAACAAAAAGUAACCAGCUUUGAUGAAUCGUUAGAUAAAAUUGAAAAAGAGAUAACGCUUACAAACAGCAAGAAUAAUAUGCUUGCCGCCUCGAUGGAUCAGCUAAAGAACUUUUGCAUUCAGAGCAUGGGUCCGAAAAUAGCGCCCAAAGGUGAAGAUAGUUCAGUAAUCCCCAAGUCUGAAGUGAUUGCCUCUAAUCAGGAAUUUAAAAAGCCGCCUGCAAAUGCCACAGAAACUCUACAGGAAGCUUUGAAACUGUAGACAGCUCUUGUUUUUUUUUAUUCUACGAUGCCUGUUGUAUUACCAAAUUUGAUCUAUUUCGUAUAUAGACAUUAGGCCCUCGGGGGUGCCAUGUGUCAAAGUCACAGCCAACGAUUACUAAAUAUAACAUUUAACACACGACAGCUGCUAUGUACAUAAGGUUCAAAGAGCUAUUUAAUAAUGACAAAUAGAAUGAAGAUGUGCACGUGUGAUUUCAGUUAAGUUUACUCUUAAAGUCCGUUUUAGACAAAGUAAUUGUACAUAAGAUUGUGAAAUAAGUUUUAAGCCAAUAUUAUUCACUUUAGAAACAC